UGGUACAAGGCUGUUGUGAAUAGCCUUGUACCAUGUGACCUCUGUGAUCAUUCACAGAUUUCACACGUAGUAAGCAAUGUCACAAGUGACAUCUUGCUUACUACUUUGCAUGUGAUCACUGAUUGGCCAGUCAGUGAUCACAUGAUCGGGACAUCGUACAGAGGUCCCGUCCAACGAACGGUGUUUCACUGUGUCACAGAUUUCACACGGAUCGUGUGCCAUGAUCUCCCAGGGAGCUCACACAAUGCACAAUGGAGGGCGCCAUUUAUGAACGGCAGCCCGCCCCUGCACUGCCACCGUCUGGCCAUUUAUAUACAGUGGCCGGACGGGAAGUGGUUAAGUUAACAUACUAAUUUU